CUCACAUACAGACAUGCAAAGUCCAGCCGCUGUAUACCUUCAAGAACUGCGUAUCGCCAUCAGAGAACAGCUCAAGUCCCCAACACAUCUCUUCCCCAUUGUCCCGCCUCGAUUUGCCAGCGCCAUCGAAUUAGUCCUUGAGGCAGCGGGCAAAUGCUUCCUUGAUUUCCGGGUUAUACAAGCCGUGUAUCACAAGCGCCACUACUACACCUGCUCCAGAAGAGACCCCAUACACUAUAACGAACACAUAAGCACCAUCAGCCGCCUCUUCCAAUGGAAAGCCCAGUAUCCCGGGCCCAACAACCCAAACUUACUCCCCACAGCAAAGCUGCCCUGCCACGCGGUCCAGCUACACCCGGAUAAGCGCGAGUAUGAGGUAUUAAUCACGCGUGUUGGAGAAAUGAAGCAUCUCUUUGUGACCGUGACGUAUCUGGCUUGGUGUAAUGCGAAGAGGAAUCUGGAUCAUUUGAUUGCCAGUGCGUUUGUCUGGCUGCCGCAGUCGGAGGAGCUGAUGAUUCGGAGUUGGUGGGAGGGGUUUCUCCGGCAGAUACCGCCGUGGGAGGACAUGUUGGAGAGCAUUCAGUUGCCGGAGUGGGAGGUUGUUAUUGGGGAUUUGGAGAGCAAGAUUACGGAGGUUGUGGAUUUGGAGGGGGAGUGGGAGCGGUUAUGUUGAAGAUUUUCUUUUGGUUCUCUCGUAAGGCUUUGUUUUUUUGGGUUGGAGAAAUGAGUUUACUUUUUUUUCCUUUGUUCGUUCUGCUUUUCAUCUUUGUUUUGAAGCUCUUGUUCAUGGGCUUUAACUUCAGAUAAACCGUGCGUCAUAGCUAACGUCUGGCAUUUGGUCAUGAUUCGGGGGUUGGUUUUGAAAGGCGCAUUUCGAGUAGGAUAUUCGUCGGGCAAUGGCAGGGAACUAGAUAUCAUAUGAGGUGUUCUAAGGGAGGGGGUUUUAGCGGAAUGGCAUUGAAUCUCCUUUUUCCUUUCUCUUUUAACGCGACAGAGAACAACAAUACAUCGAUCGCGGGAAAGGGGGUUGGUAGACGCUUGCGUGUUUGCAUAUUUCAACUGCUUGACACCAUAGAUGUGCUUGCCAAUCACAACGCGGUGACCAUUUCUCCUUUCUUUGUCCAUGUUUUCUUCCCAUCGGAUUUCUGUUCCCUAUCUAUUUGUAGCACGUUAGGCUCAGGCGACUCAUACGAUUGCGGGGAGUGGUGAUGGGGAGAGAAGUGCGUUGGAGCUUUGCUUUAAGGGAGUUUUUGGUCGCAGAAUCGAUCCGAUUGAGCAAAGUUGAUUUGUGUCUGCGGGAAGAAACUGUUAAGGAGAGAGCUCACAGCAGACCUCUCACGUAUCGUCUAACCUUUGAUAGUCGCUACCUUUGUCCUCAUUGCUUUGAUAAUUUGAAUACCUUACUGCCAAGGGGAAUAUGUUUUGUAUUUUUCCGAUAUCUUCUUGAGGGGAGCUGCUGCUGUUCUGCAGAGUACACCUGCAUAGAUAUUCAGCGCAUGUUUCAAUAUCAUUUCACAAGCGCAGGUACA